UUUAUAUUCAAUUAUUUUUUUCUUUUCUCCUGGUGCCAUCUGUCGGUUGGAACAUAAAACUAAAUCGGUAGAUAUUUUUUCCUAUUUUGACAAAGAAUCAAUUUAAUUUUCUUUGGAUAAAACCAUCGUAAUUAGGUUUGUUGUUUAUAUUUCUCUUGAUAAUUGGAUUUUGUUUUGUUGUUUAUUUGAUUUGUACUCUUUUUGUCCAGUUAAUUUAAGAUUGAUCAUCAUGUCUAUUGGUAUUCCAAUUAAAAUUUUACAUGAAGCUGAAGGACAUGUAAUAACUGUAGAGACAACAAAUGGUGAAGUUUUCAGAGGUAAACUACUAGAAGCAGAGGAUAACAUGAAUGUAAUGAUGGCCCAAAUUACUGCAACUUCUCGUGAUGGUAAAGUGACCAGUUUGGAGAAUAUUUUUAUUCGAGGAUCAAAGAUUCGUUUUCUAAUUCUGCCUGACAUGUUGAAAAAUGCUCCGAUGUUUAAAAAGAUGGGAUCUAAACCCGGGGUGAAGACAAAUGUUACGGUGAGAGGUAAAAACGCUCUGUUAAAAGCACAAGUAGCUCGUGGUCGAGGAAGAGCAAGGGUUAUGAUGGCUAAACGAGGACCAUAAACAACAAAUCCAUCAAUCAAGUAAAUUCAUACUUGACCAGUUUUUACAACUGUAAUUAAAAUGAUUGGUUAAUCAAAUGAAAAUUGUUUCUCUUCUAAAUCUAAAACUCUUUUUCUAAAUCCAAUCAAGUAAACCAAAUAACUCACAAAGGAAAUUAAAAAUUUCCUAUACAAGAUAAAACACAACACUUACAAAUUACCAAUUCCAGGUAAUUAGAGAGAUUUAAAUUUUGUAUAUCCAACACAACAAUCAAUUAAAUCAUAAAAAUCGCAAA